CUUCUCUCCUGUGCAUGUGAAUGAGUGUGGGUGGGUCAUCAAAAAGAGAUUGAUUCCCUUAACAGGUGCUGCGUGUUUCUGUGAGGGGGUGUCUGGCGUUUCUCUCUACCCCUUCUGUCGGCUCGGCUCGGCUCGGUGAGAUUUGUUUGGAACGAAAUUUGGGGACUUAGGAAGUUAAACAGAAAACAAAUAAAAACUAAACUUGGGUGAAAAACAAAUCCAGCGACUGAAGAAUUCCGCUCUCUGCAGAAAGGAAGGGGGAUGGAAUUCUAAACUUCUUUGUGGGAGAAAUUUGGAGCCUGAGAGAUUUCUGGGCUUCAUAGAGACAUAUUUCCACAAAGGGGGACAGUUGGACAGUUGGACAUUUUGUGAACCUGGUUAUACUUGUUAAAAAACAAAACAAAACCAAAAAAAAAACUAUAUUCUCCUGAACGUAUUUGAAACAAAGGGACAAAAAACAUUUCUGAAGAAACCGAAGAAAUGUUUCUUUUUAUUGAAGGAACUGAAUCAAUUCUUCAAUAUAUUGUUGAACACAUUUUUGGGAGUAUCUUAACACUAAACAUAAUUGUGGAUUUUUUUUUUUAAAGAAAAAAAUUAAUUUUUUUUUAAUACUUUACACUUUUUUCGAAAUUGUUGAGGCUAAAUCUGGAACUUUUGAUACAAAAUGUUUAUAUAUAUAUAGCUGAAUUAAUUUAAGAAGACUGAUUGUUUUAGUUGAGUUUGAGGAGGGGGUUUAAUUGAAUGAAUAAAAACAUAAAGGAGGAAUCAUGUAUAUUGGAUCUUUUAGUUGUAUCUCAAACAUUAAGACAACAACCAUUUGAUGUAAUAUUUAUUGAAAUUAAUAAAAGUUCCUGAUUUAUCUACACUAGAAAAGUCAGCUAGAUGCGUUCAAUUAUUUUACUGAAACGCAAAAAUUUGACGGCAAAAUUCGAAAUCGUAAAAAAAAAAAGUCAACACCAUUUUUAUUCUAGUCUGUAAAAUUUAUUUUAAAGCAGAGAUUUCAUUUGACUUUUCUUCAUGUGUUUUUAUUUGUUUUAAUCUUAAAUUUUUUUUGGUUCAAUUUUUAUAUUUUUUUAUUCUGUUUUAAAAUCAGAGCUUAAGAUCAGUCGUUACAAAUCCCUCUUUUCAAGAUUACCCCCUCAUUUCCUGCCCUCACAAUCUCUUCUAAUUAUAAUUCAAGUCCCCCUUGCUGCCCCCGCCCCCUCACAGACCCCCUUUUAUUCUCACCCUCACAGAGCUCCCCUUUCUGCUCUCCACCUUACAGACCCUCCUUUGCGCUCCCUCUCACAGACCCCCCCUUUCCUCUCUCCACCUUACAGACCCCCCUUUCCGCUCCCUCUCACAGACCCCCCCUUUCCUCUCUCCACCUUACAGACCCCCCUUUCCGCUCCCUCUCACAGACCCCCCCUUUCCUCUCUCCACCUUACAGACCCCCCUUUCCGUUCCCCAUCACAGACCCCCUCCUUCUGCUCCCCCCUUUUCUGUGGCCCGUUGGCGAACUUUGUUGAAGUGGCGAUGUGGUCCAACUACUUCAUGCAGGAGGAGGACUCAGGAGGGGUGCGCGGUGUGGCAUGCGGGACCAGGGGCGGGGCCAGGGGCGGGGUGAAGAGAGGGGACAGGGGAGGGGCCUGGAGCGACAGCCAGGAGGGGAAGGUGAAGCUGGCUUUCUUUGUGGCGAUCGUGGGAGUGACCCUCACCAUGCUCGCUGUGGGGACGGAGUUCUGGGUGGAGCUCAGCCCCCCCAAAUCCCUCUACAACAACGACACCUGCCCCGCCGCGCACUUCGGGCUCUGGAAGAAGUGCUUCAAGCUGCUCUGGGUGUCCGACAUCGACCCGGAGAGGGAGAGCUGCGGGCCGGCCGAGCUGCCUGGAGAGGUGAACUGCACCUAUUUCAAAUUCUUCACAACAGGAGAAAAUGCCGUCAUAUUUCAGAAGACUACCAAGAAAGAGCUCAGUAUUGCUGCUGCAGUGCUGUGUCUGCUCAGUAUCACGAUGAUGAUCUUGGGUUCGAUGUGCAUCACCAUGGCGCUCAGUAAAGGGGUCGAGUUCCUCCUCAAGCCGGCCUCCUUCUUCUUCAUCCUGGCAGGUGUGCUGGUCCUCAUCUCUCUUGAGGUGUUCAGACAGUCAGUCUAUGCUCUCCUCUCCUCUGAUCACACUGUCCCGCUCCAUCACGAGUUCUCCUGGUCUGUCGCCUGUGCGGGGGUGGCGGGGGCAGUCCUCAUUUUCGGGGGUGUGUGCUUCAUCAUCCUCUCCUUACCCACAAGCCCCUGGGAGAAGUGCCUCCACAAAGAUGGACCAGAGUCUUGAGAGACGACUCAUGAGAUAUUUGAGUGACUGCCAAGGAAAAGCAAUUAGAUAUUGAAGUAAGGAGGCUGUGAAAGGGUAUUUAAACUUUAUGUAUCUGUAAUGUUGUUGAAGCUGACACCCUGGGAUCUUUCAAGAAGCUGCUUGAUGAAAUUCUGGGAUCAAUAAGCUACUAACAACCAAACGAGCAAGAUGGGCUGAAUGUCCUCCUCUCGUUUGUAAACUUUCUUAUGUUCUCAUAUAUAUAUAUAUAUAUAUAUAUAUAUAUAUAUAUAUAUAUAUAUAUAUAUAUAUAUGUAUAUGUAUAUAUAUAUGUGUGUGUAUAUACAGUCAUAUAUACAGUCACCUCCAAAAUUAUUGCCACCCUUGAUAAAGAUGAGCAAAAAAAUAAAUAAUACCAGUACUGAGCUAUAUUGUAAUUUUCCAACAUGUGAAAUAUAUUUGACUUUAUUAAUGAUUCAAUGGAAAUCAACCAAAAUUACACAUUUCUCAAAUUAUAAAUUUAAUUUCCAAAAAAAAUGAAGUGCAUGAAGUGUCAAUUAUUGGCACCCUUGUUUUCAGUACUUUGUGCACCCUCCCCUUGCAAGGAUAACAACACUGAGUCUUUUUCUAUAAUGUUUAAUGAGAUUGGAGAACACUUUGGGAGGGAUCUUAGACCAUUCCUCCAUACAGAAUCUUUCCAGAUCCUUGAUAUCCUUCGGUCUGCGCUUAUGGACUGCCCUCUUCAAUUGAAGCCACAGGUUUUCAAUGGGGUUCAAGUCCGGAGACCAUUGCAAAAAUGUUGAUUUUGUGGUCAAUUAACCAUUUCUUUGUGGAUUUUGAUGUGUGCUUGGGGUCAUUGUCUUGCUGGAAGAUCCACUUGCGGCCAAGUUUCAGCCUCCUGGCAGAAGCAACCAGGUAUUUGGCUAAAAUGUCCUGGUAUUGGGUAGAGUUCAUGAUGCCGUUGACCUUAACAAGGGCCCCAGGACCAGUGGAAGCAAAACAGCCCCAUAACAUCAAAGAUCCACCACCAUAUUUUACAGUAGGUAUGAGGUUCUUUUCUGCAUAAGCAUCCUUCUUUCAACGCCAAACCCACCGCUGGUGUGCGUGGCUGAAGAGCUCUAUUUUCGUCUCAUCGGACCAUAGCACCCGGUUCCAAUCGAAGUGCCAAUGCCGUUUAGCAAACUCCAGGUGCUUACGUUUGUUGGUUGCUCUCAAUAAAGGCCUAUUGGCAUGGCGUCUAAUUGUAGAUUUGGAGACUUGGUGACCCCGAGAUGCAACCAAGUUCUGUAAUUCUUCAACUGUGGUCCUUGGAUUUCCCUUUGCCUCCCAAACCAUCUGCCUCACUGUGUGUGGGGGCAGGAUACACUUGAAGUCCUCUACCAGGCAAGUUUACCACUGUUCCAGUGGUUUUGAACUUCUUAAUUAUUGCCCUAAUAGUGGUAAGUGGUAUAUUUUAGUUUUUUAGCUGUUGUUUUGUACCCAUUGCCUGAUUUAUGAAGGUCAACAACCAUUUGUCUCUUUUCAUUUGUGAGUUCUUUGCCUUUCCCCAUGGUGAUGGAUGACAAAUGGAUUUCAUAUGUGUGUUACCUCAUUUUUAUACCCCAAUGAAACAAGAAGCCAUGGAAUGCCACAAUACAGUUCCUUAAGACUGAGAUGAACUUAAAGAAGUAGAAUGUUAAUGCAGAUUUAAUUUUGUUUGAUUUUAUUUAGAAUAUGGUUUUCCCAUAUAGUUGAGCAUAAAAUAUAGCUUAUUACCUGUGUUUUUAUUUUAUUCAGCCUUUUUUGCUCAUCUUUAUCAAGGGUGCCAAUAAUUUUGGAGGUGACUAUAUAUAUAUAAAUAUUAAUUUAUAUAAUAGACCCUACAUACCAUGGAUUAUAUACAUUAAUAAAGCUAAUAAGAGGUAAGAGAAUGGAUUUAAUAAUGUUGAAUUUAAUUUUUGUUUUUUCUGGAAACAAUUUAUAAUUUCAUCUUUGACCCUUCGGAUUUUGAUUUGAAUUUAUUUUUUUUACAACAUUGAAAAAACAACUGGACUUGGAAUACAACUUUGAAUUCUGAAUUUUGAAACCUGCCCAGGGCUACCUUAAAGUAAGGCAUGCAAACUGAGAACUUCCUUAACCCAGUAUAGCAGCAGAUACAAUUGAAAUCCAGGUUUGCGCUAACAUCUUUAAAAACUGCACAUUUCAGACCUGUGUAGCAACACUAUGUGAAAGCGUGACUUGUGCAAACAGAGAUACUUUACAUUAGAGCUGCACAGACAGAUAUACUUUACAUUAGAGCUGCACAGAGAUACUUUACAUUAGAGCUGCACAGACAGAGAUACUUUACAUUAGAGCUGCACAGACAGAUAUACUUUACAUUAGAGCUGCACAGAGAUACUUUACAUUAGAGCUGCACAGAGAUACUUUACAUUAGAGCUGAACAAACAGAGAUACUUUACUAGAGCUGCACAGACAGCAAUACUUUACAUUAGAGCUGCACAGAGAUGCUUUACAUUAGAGCUGCACAGACAGAUACUUUACAUUAGAGCUGCACAGAGAUACUUUACAUUAGAGCUGCACAGAGAUACUUUACAUUAGAGCUGCACAGAGAUACUUUACAUUAGAGCUGCACAGACAGAUACUUUACAUUAGAGCUGCACAGAGAUACUUUACAUUAGAGCUGCACAGACAGAUACUUUACAUUAGAGCUGCACAGAGAUACUUUACAUUAGAGCUGCACAGAGACACUUUACAUUAGAGCUGCACAGAGAUACUUUACAUUAGAGCUGCACAGAGACACUUUACAUUAGAGCUGCACAGACAGAUACUUUACAUCAGAGCUGCACAGACAGAGUAUUCAGAUUGAUCUCUCCACAGGGGAGGGUCAUUGCUGUAGACUGGGCUGAUUUAGCAGCUGCUUGUGUGGAUCGCUGUUCUCCAGAGUCCAGGAAAAGCAGCGAUCCACACAAAUCCAAGCAGCUGUUUCUCCGCUCUUCACUCUGAAUGGGAAAUCAGCCCGAUCGACACCAGCGACCCUCACCUGGUUUCAGUGGAGAGCUCAAUCCCAAUAACUGUGCAGCUUUUGCUGUAAGUUGCAGUUAUUUUAACCCGGACAUCUGACAAGAUCAAGAAUUAAGGAAAAAAAUUAAACUGGAAAUGUUACUACAUUAAAAAAAGCCUGGACCCCGGAAUUCAGGUUAUAGAAAAGGAAUCUCUGGAUACUUUCAGAUACUUUCAACAUCUGGAAUUGAGCUCAUGGAAUAUCAACUUCGGGACAUUAUGGUGCCAGGAAUUCCGCUCUUUUCUAUAUGAGUUCUCUCUGUGUGCGAGGAUCAGCGGGAGAAACAUCUGCGGCGGUAUCUAUCUGUCUGUCUGUCUGUCUGUCUGUCUGUCUAUCUAUACAUCUGUCUCCCUCUAUUUAUUUAUCUAUCUCUGUGUGUAUAUGCUGUCAAUAUAUUGAUUUUAAUAUAUAUAUAUAUAUAUAUAUAUAUAUAUAUA